AUGUCGUAUACAGCACAGCUAGACGCGUUUGUAUCGCGACUCAAUGAAAGUACUGAUUAUACAGCUAAACAUGCAAUAUUGUCAGAAUUGUUAGAUACAAUUGAACAAUUCAGUGGUGCUACUGAAUAUGAGUACUUCUUAAAGAAUCUUGUACCAAUAUUCUUGAAAGAGCUCGAGGACGUACCCAUUUCAUACGUUUCAACAAGCCCAGAGCAAAAGUUGAGAAAUAGCACCUUGGAGAUCAUUCACAGAUUAAUUAUGAAUGAAACGUUUCAACCAUUUUCAGAGCAAAUAUUGGACGCUUUGACAAAGAUCCUAGUAGAGGAGAAUGAAGAUAAUGGAGUUUUAUGUAUGAAGAUAAUUACCAGUUUACAGAAAGCUUAUAAAACCACUUUAGCAGAGAAAGUACAACCGUUUUUGGAAGUUAUACAAAAAAUUUAUGAGAACAUGGAUCAAACUGUUGAGGAUGUUUUCUCAAAUGACACUUCAAGCAAUGAUAAUAAAGAGAAUGCCAAUGAUGAGCAAGACAUGUCACCUACCAACUCAUUCAACGAAGAGGCUCUAACAAAAACAUUGAGCAAAGCCAUGUUCUCGUUUAAGACCCUAGCUGAAUGUCCAAUUACAAUGGUUUCAUUAUACUCAUCUAAUAAACAGCUAGUUGGGCCAUCGCUCCCGCACUUUUUGCCCAAAAUAAUGCACAUUUUACAAUUACAGGUGAAACAACAAGAGCAAUACCGUCAAGAAUCAGAAAAUAACAUUGUCACAUCGAUAUCACCUAAGGUCAAAAAUAGACAGGCAUAUAGCGAGUUCAUAUUAGGACAAGUUAAAGCUGCAUCAUUUUUGGCAUAUGUAUUUAUCAGAGGAUAUGCUAAUCAAUACUUGAAGCCAGAAGAGAGCGCAUGCAUCCCUGAUGUUAUUCUUCGAUUGUUGCAGGACUGUCCAGCAGAGUUAUCUAUUGCAAGAAAGGAGUUGCUUCAUGCAACAAGACAUAUACUAUCAACACCAUUUAGAACACAAUUUAUCCCCAAAUUGGGAUUACUCUUUGACGAGAAAAUUUUGAUUGGUGACGGAUUGACUUCUCAUGAAACUUUGAGGCCGUUGGCUUAUUCAAUGGUUGCUGAUUUCAUUCACAACGUGCGAGAUGAAUUGACCCCUGCCCAGAUUUGGUCGACUGUUACUAUAUAUUCAGGAUUGUUGAAAGAUGAAUCUUUGCCAAUGUCAGUGCAAAUCAUGAGUGCAAAGUUACUUUUGAAUCUAGUUGAGAAAAUUAUGACACUCCCUAAUAAAUUGGAGGGCAGACAGUUAUUCUUAAUCAUUAUUGAUGCUUAUGCCAAACGUUUCAAAAACUUGGACCGUAAAUAUGACUAUAUUAUCGCCAAGCAUGAUGAAUACGAGAAAAAGAAACUUGGUCGAGAAAAGGAUUCAAAAAAAGCCAUUGAGAGAUACUCAUCUAAGCGCAAUCAAGUUGAAAAAGAGAAAAUUGCUGACGCAGAGAAUGAUAAGAUGGAUGUGGAUAAAGAAGAAGCACGUGAGGAAGCAGACCCCCAAGUUGACAAGGCAUUAGGUUUAAACAUAUACAACAUUGACUCAUAUUCACCAAUUGCUUCAGUCCCAACGCCUAACACCACAGAUGUAUUAAAGGAUGCAAGAUACCUUUUCCGUACUUUGAUGCAAUUCUUGAAAUCAGUAGUAUUUGGGUUGAAACAUUGUAACCCUCCAGUGCCCCCACAACCAGUCAUUACUGAUCCAACCAAGCAACAGCAAGUAAACUAUGACAAAUGGAAUGAUUCAGCGAAGCUCAUUUCGGUCGAGGAAGUGAAUAUUCUUCGUUCUUUGUUUAGAGGAGGUGUUAGCUGCCUUCGUUACUUUUCAGUAUCAAAACCUAAACCAACAAUUUCACAAAAGGCAUUUGAUUUUUCUACAGGUGGUCCCAAUUUACCAAUUACUUCGUCCAAAGAUGAGAAGGAUUUGAUGGAAAUAUUUGCAACCAUAUUCAUAAACAUAGACCCGGCUUCAUUUAACGAAAUUGUUAGCUCUGAAUUGCCAUUCAUGUUUGAAUCUAUGUUGGAAAAUGCAGCUUUGUUGCAUCUACCUCAGUUUUUCCUUGCCAGUGAAGUAACAUCAGCAAACUUUUCAAGUAUAUUGAUAUCAUUUUUGAAGGAAAAGUUGAGCCAGCUUGGAAAUGCUGACAUGAUAAAGUCCAACAUUCUUAUACGACUUUUCAAAUUGUGCUUCAUGUCGGUGAACCUAUUCCCCACCACUAAUGAGGGAGUCUUGCUUCCUCAUUUGAAUUACCUCAUAUUGGAAUCAUUGAAACUUGGAACGAAAGCCGAAGAGCCCAUAGUAUACUCCUAUCUUGUCAGAAUAUUGUUUAGGAGUAUCAGUGGCGGCAAGUUCGAAAAUCUUUACAAAGAGAUUAUGCCUAUACUACCUGUUUUGUUGGAGAAUUUGAACAAAAUGAUUGCGAAUUCUCAGAGACCAUACGAGAGAGACAUUUAUGUCGAGUUGUGUUUGACUAUUCCAGUUAGAUUGGCAGUUUUAGUCCCACAUCUCAAUUACUUGAUAAGACCACUUGUAUAUGCAUUAAACGGACCACAGGAAUUGGUCAGUCAAGGCAUGCGUAUAUUCGAAUUAUGUGUCGACAAUUUGACCGCCGAAUAUUUUGAUCCAAUAAUUGAGCCUGUAGCUGAUGAAAUUAUGACUGCUUUGUGGAAACAUCUUGAACCUGUACCAUAUCAUCAUCAACAUAGUCACACUGCUAUUAGAAUUUUAGGUAAAUUAGGGGGCAGAAAUCAUCGAAAGAUUAAAUCCCAUGAAAACUUGAUUACAAAAUCGGAUGCAAAUCAGGAGAUUAAAGCCUUAGUUGAAGUAUACGGUUUGAAUGAUUCUGUACCAGUGUCGGUGACACCAGGAGUUGAAUCGGCAAUUAAAUUGUUGGACGAUCCAAGAUUAAAAAUUCAUUAUAGAAUCAGCGCUUUCAAAUACUUGACGAGUAUAUUGAAGCUAUUCAUCAACACUACUCCAAUCCCGGACAACUUUGUUCAAUAUGCGCAGGAAAGUGUUGAGUUUUUGAAGAAGGAUAAACAUGAAGAUGUUGACAUACCAUUGGCACCACUGGAUAUCGAAGAUGGGGAAAAACUUGAUCUUCAACAACAACUUUUUGCCAAAUUGCUCGAAAUGUUAUUUUUCUCGAUAUCAAUACCAGAAUUGAAGGAUGAGGCAAGCGCAUUGAUCGAUGGAUUGACCACUCAUUUCACCUUGUUACAUUUGAGCACUUCUGUGGUUGACAAAAUCAGAAAAGAGCGUAAGUUCUCGGUCAACGAUAACGAAGGAAAAGCAUACAUUAGCGAGAAUGCAUUUCUCAGUGCCAUCACUUACUCUUUAAGCUUUUGGGACAAAGAGGUGAGAGCAAAAGGUGUUGAUGCUGUCAAGAGGAUUUACGAAACCACAGUCACCACAUUCGGAUCUGAGCAAAACGCUUUGUACUCUGUCAUCUUCAGGUCAAUGUUUUACAAAUUCACUCAUUGCUGUUAUAACGAAUUCUACUACACCAAGCUAGGUGGUAUUAUUGGACUUAAGACUAUGUUCCAUGAUUUGGAAAUACCUCCAAGUUGGUUCCAUCAAAGACAGUUUGAAUUGGUGCGCUCCGUAUUCUUUAUUUUGAGAGAUACUCCAGACACUGCGCCUUUUGAAGUACGUAAAUCGGCCAAGGAGUUGGCUCUUGAACUAUUGAGAACAUGCAACAAAGACAUUACGAAAGAAACUGUUAUGGAGAAACCCUUUCAAACUCUUGUUGGGGCAUUAGUAUAUGACUUGGCUAGUCCAACUCCAAUGGUUAGGGAGGUCGCACAGGAAUGUUUGAAAGUUUUGUCUGAAGUGACAUCUACAUCUACAGCAACACUCAUGGGCCCAUGUAAACACUUGUUGUUGACACCGAUUUUUGGAAAACCUCUCAGAGCUUUGCCUUUUCCUAUGCAAAUUGGUAACAUUGACGCCAUCACUUUUUGCUUGGGUUUGCCGGAUACAUUUUUGAGCUUCAAUGAGGAGUUGAACAGGUUGCUUUUGGAGGCAUUGGCGUUGGUAGAUGCAGAAGACGAAUCGUUGGCAAAUGUCCAUCGUUUGAAUGAGCAUCGUACAUCUAACCAAUUGAUUGAAUUACGAGUAGUUUGUAUUAAGCUCCUUUCAUUAGCUUUAUCAAAACCUGACUUUUCAAUUGGAUCCUUAGGUGAAGCAAGAAUCAGGAUUUUGGGCGUGUUCUUCAAGGCUCUUUGUAACAACUCGACGAAGAUUAUCAAUGCUGCUCAUCAAGGGUUGGCAUCUAGUUUACAAGAGAAUGCCAAGUUGCCCAAGGAGUUACUUCAAAAUGGACUUCGUCCAAUGCUUAUGAAUUUGUCAGAUCACAAAAAGUUGACUGUUUCUGGGUUGGAAGCAUUGGCUAGAUUGCUAGAGCUCUUGAUAUCAUACUUCCGUGUCGAAAUAGGUCGAAAAUUAUUAGAUCAUUUGAUGGCAUGGGCACAAAUCAAUACUUUGAGACAGAUUGCUGGACAAAAUCUUGAUAAUAACCACACUGUACAAAUUGUCAUGGCCAUUUUGAACAUUUUCCACUUGUUACCUGCAAAGGCAUAUACCUUUAUGGAGGAAAUUAUCAAUACAUUGCAAUAUUUGGAAGGACACUUGGAUCGUCAUCAAGAUUCGCCUUUCAGGAAGCCAAUAUCGAAGUUUCUCAACAGGUUUGCUGAAAAUUGUGUAGAAUAUUUGAUCAACAAUUUCAAGAAUAGAAAAUUGGGCAAUAUGCUUGCAUCAAUUACUGGAAUGGAUGGAUGUGACAACUUGAGAAAGCACGCCGAGGAGAAAAUUCAAGUGUUGGUGGAUGACGUGACGUCUGAAUCAGACCCAGAAACAAAAGUUGUCAAAUUUGCCAAUAUAAUCGAUUUGGUUGAGGCGAUUUCAAAACAUGACACGGAAUGGUUCAACGGUCAGAAGCAAUUGUUGACUACGUUGUCGGAGGUUCUUGAGGAUAUACAUGACAUAAGUGUGGCCCCUAUUUUAUCAUCAGCUCAUUUUAGAAGUAGCCAAGCCAUUGAGAAGUUACAACAACUUAUUAUCAACUUUACAAAGGCAAACAUGAAUGAAACUGAUUUGAUAUUUUCGGUUGCAAACCGUCAUUGCAAGUUAAAAUACGAUAUUUCAAAUGUGUUUGAAGAUUUCAUUUUUAACGACAUUGUAUCUUCGGAAAAUUUAGACUUGAAGAUCCUGUACCUCAACAAGACUGUUGGUUUUAUAAAUGAGUCAGAGCCAUGCUUGAAGGCAAAAAUUUUCUUCCUUAAACGAGUUUUCGGCCCCAUCUUCGUGUAUGAGUAUGCCAAAAAGGGAGAUCUUGCACACGUGUUUGAAAAGGAGACCUCAUGGUUAGAAAAGCUCCAUAACAGUGUUUGGAAAUCACAAGACGAUAUCAUUGGUAGCCACACUUCUGGAACCAUUGAUGGCUAUAGGUCAGCACUUUUGGAAAGUACAGCAUUGUUGCUCAAGUUGGCUUCUACUCAUAUCAGUGAAUUGCGUAAAGAUAUCAUCAAAUUCAGUUGGAAUUAUAUUAAGCUUGAUGAUAGUAUCACCAAACAAAUUGCUUAUGUCACGACUGCCUACUUUAUCGCUGCAUAUGAUACUCCCGGUAAGUUGGCGACACAAGUGUUUGUUGCUUUGUUGAGAACCCAUCAAACCGAUUCCAGGCAUUUGGUAAGACAGGCAUUGGAUAUAUUAGCACCUGUGAUGUCAAAGAGGAUGAAGGAUGCAGACUCACCCGAUAGUUGGUUGAAGUGGCCACGUCGGAUCCUUUCAGAGGAUGGUUUCAAUGUCACUCAAGUUUUGAAUGUUUACCAAUUUAUUGUCCAGCAUCCAGAUUUGUUUUUUGUCGCUAGAGAGCACUUUAUAUCUAACAUCAUCACCGCCAUGGGUAAGUUGACUAUUUUAGCUAAUCCUGCCCUUGAAAAUCAGCUUUUAGCUAUCGACUUGGCCGAGUUAGUGUUGUACUGGGAAAGAAAAGCUAAGGAAAUUGAAAAAGAAUCCGAGCAAGCGGAAGAAAAGCCUAGCGAGCCUGCUGAAACCGAAUCAGACCUCAAAACUGACGCAGAUUUCACUACAGCUCCGAAUUAUACCAUUCCAUUUGGCCAAAGGGAAGCCUGUGUCACAUUUUUGAUUAGAUAUGUUUGCAUUAGUCCUCAAAGGGCAUCAGAAAGUGAAUUAGGACAAAAGGCUUUAGGAAUAUUGUACGAUUUGUUGAGCCCCGAACACUGGUCAGAAGUUGCUGUGAAGUUGAGCUUCUUUGAAAAGUUCUUGCUUUCUAAUGAUUUGAACUCGAGCAAUUUGUUAGGAUACUGUUUGAAUGCAUUGGAAGUCUUAGGGGUUGUACUAGAGUGGAAAGACCCCGAGUGGAUAGUGUCAAAUUUAAGCUACUUGCAGAAAUUACUUGAGAAAUGUAUCAAGUCUGAUAAUCAUGACAUCCAGGAGAUUUUGCAAAGAAUCUUGUGCACCAUAUUGGAAGCUAUCAAUCAGCAAAAAGGCACUGAAGAAGAUGAGGAAGAGGAAGAUGAUGUAAAGGAGUUUAUCAAUUUGUUGACCACUUCCGUUUCAGAAGACUUGGGUGAUAUGCCUUCGUUUGCUGCAGGUGUGACGCUUUCAUGGACUUUAGCACAGUAUAAGCCAGCCAUCUUGGAUCCUUUAUUACCCACAAUUAUGAAAACCUUUAGCAAACUUUGCAAAGAUCAUAUAACGAUCACACACCAGGGCACUCAAUCCACUUCAAAAGAUAGUGCUAAUGCCGAAUUUGAAGCUAAGAUGACGACCAAGUUGUUGGAAAAGAUUUUAAAUUUGUGUUCAAUGAGAAUUUCAAACUUGGGCGAUCAACGUCGUAUCUUUUUGUCAUUGUUGGCGCAAUUGAUUGAGCGUAGUUUAGACAAAAACACGCUUGAAAAGAUCAUCAAGAUUGUUAAAAACUGGGUGUUUUCAAGGACAGACUUAUUCCCAACAACCAAGGAAAAAGCUGCGAUUUUAUCAAAAAUGAUGGUAUUCGAAGUUAGAGGUGAGCCUACCUUGUCGAAAGAGUUUUAUCAAAUUAUUGUUGAAAUCUUUGAAGACGAUUCGUUCAGUUGUAGUGAAUUGACGGUUCGCAUGGAGCAACCCUUCAUGGUGGGUACGAGGUCUGUUGAUGUUUCAAUUAGACGAAAAUUGAUGUCAAUUUUGAACAACAGCUUAGAAAAGGAUGUGUCAAAGAGACUAUACUAUGUCAUAAGGGAACAAAAUUGGGAAUAUUUGGCUGAUUAUCCAUGGUUGAACCAAGCUUUGCAAAUAUUGUUUGGUUCGUUUAAUUUUGAAAACAGGAUUGAAUUUGUUGCCGAUGAGAACAAGUUGGCUCCAAUUGAAGCUUUCAAAUUUCCCGAAUCGGAUUCAAUGGAGGUGGAUGCGAAUGAGAAAUUAAGUGAAAUGCUUCAAACACAUUCAGCGUUUUUGCAAGCUGUGAGCGAGAUCAAGGCAAAAGACGUGUUUGAGCCUUUGGUUGAUAUGUUUUACCAAAGUAGUGAAACAAUCCACCGAACAUGGUCAGCCAUAUUUCCGAUCGUUUUCCAAUCUAUACCAAGAUCAGAACAUUUGGACUUUACCAGAUAUUUGGUGAUCCUAUUGUCAAAGGAUUAUCACACCCGUCAAACUGAUUUACGCCCAAAUGUGAUUCAGUGUUUGUUGGAGGGAGUCGCUCGUUGUUACACACUUCAACUUCCACCGUUUGCUAUUGAGUGUCUUGCUGCCAAUUUCGACGCUUGGUCACAAGGGCUUCAACUAUUGGAGAAUAUUAAUGAAGAGGCUGUUCAUGCUAAUUCUGAUGUGAGAGAGGUUGUACAAGAUGCAUUAUUAAAGUUGUAUGCAACCUUGAAAGAGGAUGAUAUGUUUUAUGGUCUUUGGAGAAGAAGAGCUAAAUAUAACGAAACAAUAAGUGCAUUAUCAUAUGAGCAGAUUGGUCUUUGGGACAAGGCCCAACAGUUAUACGAAUCAGCACAAAUUAAGGCACGAAGUGGAUCAUUGCCAUAUGGCGAAGCUGAGUAUGCCUUGUGGGAGGAUCAUUGGAUUUUGUGUUCUGAAAAACUUCAGCAGUGGGAUAUUCUCACUGACUUGGCAAGACACGAGGGGUUUUCAGACCUAUUAUUGGAAUGUGGAUGGAGAGUUGCCGAUUGGUAUAAUGAUAGAGAAACUUUGGACCAAACAGUCAAGAAUGUUAUGGAUGUUCCAACACCUAGACGACAGGUCUUUCAAACAUUCUUGUGUUUACAAGGUUUCGGCCAAGAGAAGGAAACUUUGCAAGACUUAUCCAAAUUGUGUGACGAAGGUAUUCAACUUGCGUUGAGAAAAUGGUACGGUUUGCCUAGAAGGUUUACCAAUGCUCAUAUUCCAUUGUUACACACAUUCCAACAAUAUGUUGAGUUUAUGGAAGCCAGUCAAGUUUAUUCGAGUUUGGUGACUACUAAUGCACAAAACUUGGAUGUAAAGUCUCAAGAAUUGAAAAGAGUGUUGCAAGUGUGGCGUGAAAGAUUGCCGAAUAUUUGGGAUGAUAUUAAUAUUUGGAACGACUUGGUUACUUGGCGUCAACAUGCCUUCCAAGUCAUCAAUAAGGUAUAUAUGCCAUUUAUUCCAGUGUUGCAGCAAUCUAAUUCAGGAAGCAACGCUAAUUCAUAUGCUUAUCGUGGUUUCCAUGAAAUUGCUUGGGUCAUCAACAGGUUUGCUCAUGUUGCAAGGAAACACAACAUGCCUGACGUUUGUAUAAAAGAGUUGACUAGAAUCUAUCAAUUGCCAAACAUUGAAAUUCAAGAAGCGUUCUUGAAAUUGAAGGAACAAGUCAAAUGUCACUACCAGAAUCCUAACGAAUUAAAUACGGGUCUUGAUGUUAUUAGUAACACCAACUUGGUUUAUUUUGCCACUCAGCAAAAGGCUGAAUUCUUUACCCUUAAGGGGAUGUUUUUGAAUAAAUUGAAUCAAAAGGACGAGGCUAAUAAGGCGUUUGCGACAUCGGUACAGAUUGAUCUUAACUUACCAAAAGCUUGGGCAGAAUGGGGAACGUUUAAUGACCGCCGCUUUAAGGAGAACCCUAGUGAUAUGGUGUAUGCGAACAACGCUAUCAGUUGUUACUUACAAGCGGCUGGUUUGUACAAAAACGGAAAGACAAGAAAACUUUUGGCGCGUAUUUUAUGGUUGAUUAGUUUGGAUGAUGCAUCAGGAACUUUGGCACAAGCAUUUGAAAAUUUCAGAGGUGAAGUUCCAGUUUGGUAUUGGAUCACAUUCAUCCCGCAAUUGCUCACAUCUUUAUCACACAGAGAAGCAAAAUUGGCAAAACAAGUGUUGGUGAGAAUAGCUAAAAGCUAUCCGCAGGCUUUACAUUUCCAAUUGCGUACGACAAGGGAAGAUCUUGCUGCCCAACAACGUCAAGCCAUUGAAAUUGCGCGUCAAAAAGCAGCGGCCGCAGCUGCUACGUCAGCAUCAAGUCAGAGUCCAAGUGAAGGUGAUAAAGAAAAUGGUAGUGCAAACAACAAGCCUGAGUCGCAGAAUGGAGGGCAAUAUUCGCCACAAGCUGAACCAGCUCCAUCUCAAUCGCCAUCACAACCAAACUCGCAGUCCGGUCAGCCACCAUCUCGUCCACAAUCUCAAUCACAAAAUCCUGUCCCAAUUUCAGUACCCCUAUCAGUUCGUCAACCUUUGGAACAUGUAGAGGAGAUUAUGGCUAUCUUGAAAACGGCAUAUCCAUUGUUAGCUUUGUCUUUGGAAUCAUUGGUUGAUCAAAUUAAUCAAAGGUUCAAGUGCACGGCAGAUGAAGAUGCUUAUAGGCUUGGUGUGGCCUUGCUUAAUGAUGGUGUUCAAUAUUUGAAUAGAUUGGGCAACCCCAAGGACGAUGCCAAGUUACCACCAAUUACAGAAGCUAAUAUUACAAGAUUUGCCGAAACGGUAUUGCCUAAGCAGAUUCGUGCUGAAUUUGAAAAGGAUUUGGUGCAUUCGAAACCCAAUUUGGAAACGUAUAUCACCAAAUUAAGGAAAUGGAGAGACAGAUUAGAAGAUAAAUUGGACAGAAGAUUUACCAAAGUAAAUUUGGAAAAUUUGUGUCCUCACUUGAGUGAGUUCCAUCAUCAAAAGUUUGAGGAGAUUGAAAUUCCAGGACAAUACUUGUUGAAUAAGGAUAAUAAUAGUCACUUUGUCAAGAUCGAGAGGUUCUUACCAACCGUUGAUUUAGCCCGUGGUACUAGUGCUUGUUAUAAGAGAUUGAGAAUUAGAGGUCAUGAUGGUAGCUUGCAUACAUUUGCUGUCCAAUUUCCAGCUGCACGUCAUUGUCGUCGUGAAGAAUCAGUAUUUCAAUUGUUUAGAAUCUUCAACGAUAGUAUCUCGAGGAAAGUUGAAACUAGAAGAAGAGAUAUUCAGUUUACAUUACCAAUUGCUGUUCCCCUUUCACCACACAUUAGAAUUGUUAAUGACGAUGUCAACGAUAUCACCUUGCAAAAGAUUUAUGAGGAUUACUGUAAGAAGAACGGAAAGAGUCGUGACGAGCCGUUUAUAUACACCGUGGAGAAACUAAGAGCAGCAUUUGAUCAUAGAUUGCCCAAGCCGGAUUUGGCAAGUAUCCGUGUUGAGAUAUUAAGUGCUAUUCAAACAUUGCUUGUACCAUCUACUGUUUUGAAAGAUUACUUUUUGCAACUUUAUCAAAGAUUUGAUGACUUCUGGUUGUUCCGUAAACAAUUCACUUCACAAUACGCUUCAUUCAUAUUCACAACGUAUAUGAUGUGUGUCAAUGCAAGACAACCACAAAAGAUCCAUGUCAAUAAAGGUUCAGGAAAUGUUUGGACAUCAGAUAUGUUACCUUGCAAGAUGCCAAAUAGACACGAUAGCAACAACCCUCAACCUAAACCAACACCGAUGUUUGUGAAUGCAGAACAAGUUCCUUUUAGAUUGACGCCAAACAUUCAAAAGUUGAUUGGUGAAAGUGGUUUGGAGGGAAUUUUGGCAGUUUAUGUAUUGUGCAUUGCUAGGGCGUUAUUGGAACCUGAAUCUGAUUUGGAACAAUAUUUGACACUCUAUAUUAGAGAUGAGGCAAUAGCUUGGUUGGCACAAGGUGGUGGAGAUAAAAACGGUACUGUUGCUGGUCAAGAUAAACAACUACGUGACGUAGUCAAAUUGAAUGUCGAUAGUAUCAUCAAGAGGGUAAUGACAAUGGGUCAUGUAUCUCCCGGUGGCGGUGUUGCUACGCAAAAUGUGUUGGAAUUGAUUUCACAAGCUGUCAAUCCUCGUAACUUGGCUGCUGCCGAUACCUUAUGGAUGGCAUACUUUUAG